AUGAUGUUGGCACCUCACCUGGUUGAGGAGUUGAAGACAAUGGAUAUCAAUGAGCUUCAACAACGAGUCAAUAAGCAUGCUCAUUAUGUCCGAUUGUGCUCCGCUGAUGAGGUGGAGAUCCAAGAGGCUUACGAGGAGUUUCAAAGGCAGUUGCUUAUUAUUGCGGCAAGCAGGAGACUUCAAUUCGAUUCGGUGCAGUCCUAUUUGGGUGCAGAAAACCGCACACAAGGUUCAAACAUGUAUACCAACUUUUGCCGGUAUGAUCCCAAGGCUAUCAAGAUCCAAGACGAUAAAUCUCUUUCAAUUCAAGAGAAAGGCUCAAAGUACGGAGCCUUAUGGCGCGAGCUAGAUGAAGCAGACCAGCAGAAGUACAAGGACCCAGAAUUUCUAGCAACAUUUCCAAAUCCUUUUGUAAGAGAGCCCAAAACAGCCGAAGAAGCUUCUGAAGACGAGAAUAUUGAACUCUCCGACGCUAUCGAUACUGCUAAGAACAAGUCACGCAAAAGACGUUCUGGGAAAGGGUUUGACGCCAAUUGUUGGGCUCGAAAGGUACUGGUUGAUUUAAAAAACUUGGAGAAGUCCCAUGCUAUCGAAGGGUACUUAGUUGUAGUAUACCCUCACCUGAAAGGCAGAGCUGUACUGAGUGGGGGAAGUAGAAUGGGCGAGUCGUUCCUUGACAUGUUUGAAAUCAAUCCAAACCCAACUGGUGCGUUUCUAGAUUUCGUCAAAGGCCAAUUGGCUUUGGGGAAGGUUAUGGGGGGAGAAGCCUUUCUCCCCCCUCAAAAAAGGAAACGAUUGGCGGCAAAUCCUCAUUUGACCAUUGAGAAUUGCGCAAACGACCUGGGAAGCCCCACAGCAGAUGUCGCUCAAUGUCUGGGUGAUACAAACGAAGAAACACUUCUCGAUGAAUCGAAUCGAGUUCGCGUCCCCGUUGGUGCCAUGCCACCUUCAGAAACUACAAGGUCUAGGAAAAUACAAAAGAAACCGACUAUAAAAAGUGCAACCAUCAAAUCUGCUAAGCCAACAAACUCAAAUUCAAGAAAAGAGGCUUCAUGCUUGAAAUCCAAGGCAAGUAAACCAUCCGAACGUCAAGUGGUGAAGGAAGCAAAGAAAAAGAAGCAGAAUUAUGUCUCAUCUCGCCAUGCUGAUGACAAGUCAGCUAGUUCAACUGAAUCCAACAGUGAAGAAUUGGAAGAUGAUCUUUUCAAGGGAAGCAGCGACAACGAGGACGGUGAAGACAAUGCACCGGAUGAGGGCGACAAUGAGAGAGAUAACUAA